GCCCGGCCCGGUGGGUGCCACGGGAGCCCCGCAGAGACUGAACCGAUCGAUCACCCCCGGGGGGAGCCCCCACGGAUCGAUCGAAGCGACCCUUCCGGGGCUUCCGGGGGAGGCCGGACCGACAGAUCACGGAGAGCACGAGUGGAGCCGUCCCGGUGAUCCCGGAGAGCCCCUCUGGAUCCAUCCCGGUGAUCCCGGAGAACCAGAACUGAUUGAUCCCGGAAAGCCCGACUGGAUCGAUCAAUCCCGGUGAUCCCGGAGAACCAGAACCGAUUGAUCCCGGAGAGCCCCUCUGGAUCCAUCCCGGUGAUCCCGGAGAGCCAGAAGCGAUUGAUCCCGGAAAGCCCGACCGGAUCAAUCCCGGUGAUCCCGGAGAGCUCGAACUGAUUGAUCCCGGAGACCACGAGUGGAUCCAUCCCGGUGAUCCCGGAGAGCCCAAACCGACCGGUCCCACUGGAUCCAUCCCGGUGAUCCCGGAGAGUUCGAACCGAUUGAUCACGGGAGAGCCCGACCGGCCCCUUCGCGACCUUUCCGUGUGCCCCGGACCCACCCCGAGAGACCCCGAAGGGACCGACGACCCCCCCCCGACCCCCGCCGGCUCCAUCGCGGCGCUCCCGGAGGAUCGAGCCCACCCACCCCCAUCCCACGCGGGAUCAUGAGCCCCGCGCUGCUCUCGCUGCUCCUGGGCACCCUCGGGGUCAUCGCAGGGUCGCUGGGCUCCUCCUUCGAGCUGUGGACGGAGCCCGAGGUGCUGGUGGUGGAACACGGGGGGUCCCUCCGGCUGACGCUGAGGGCGACCUGCAACGACUCGCGGGGCUCCGGGGGGGUGGAAACGGCCAACAGGAAGAGGACGAGGCUGAUCAAGCCGGGGGAGGUGGAGGUGGAGCUGCUCGAGGUCACCGAGGGGAAGAACAACCUCUUCGUGUACUACACGUGCAACGGCCGGAGGGAGCAGAGGGACGUCCCGCUCCUCAUCUACCACUUGCCCCAGCGGCCGGAGGUGGCGGCGGUGCCGGCGCUGGCGGCGGGGCAGGCGUGGGAGCUGCUCUGCGCCGUGGCCGGGGCUGCUCCCCUGCGGAACCUGACGGUGACCCUGCGGCUCGGCCCCCACCUGGUGCUGAGCACCCAAGAGUUCCAGGGGGACGAGGGGCCCCGCGAGGUGCGGGUGACGCGCAGGGUGACGCUGGCGGCCGGGCACGACGGGCAGAACGUCACCUGCGAGGCGCGGCUCGACCUGGCGCCCUUCGGGCCCAACGUCAGCGUGGCCUCCGAGCCCCGCACGCUCAGGGUCUGUGAGGUCCCCAAGCCACGGCUGGACGUGUCCAGCACCACCCCGACAGCAGGCACGGCCCUCACCGGGCGCUGCUCGCUGCCCCCCGAGCCCUGCACCGACUUCCACGCGCGGGUCCUGGCCGGGAACCGCGUCCUGGCGGGGUGGGGACCCUCCCCGCGGGCUUUCAGCGUGACCGUGGGCGAGGAGCACGACGGGCUGGAGCUGAGCUGCGAGGCGGAGCCGGCCCGGGGCUCCGAGAGCUCCGGAUCGCUCAGGAGGAGCGACAGCACCCGCAUCUCCGUCUACGUCCAACCCCGGCUGGACGACUCGGGCUGCCCCCCGGAGCAGAACUGGACGGAGGGGCGGGAGGAGACGCUGCGGUGCCGGGCGCGGGGGAACCCCCGGCCCUCGGUGAGCUGCGCCCGGGACCGGGACGGGAGGAGCUUCCCGGUGGGAAUUCCGAGCCCCGCGGGCCGAGACCACGCCGGAAUCUACUGGUGCAGGGCCACCAACGAGCUGGGAGAGGACGAGCGCAGCGUCACCGUCCACGUCCACUACAGCGACCACAACGUGCUGGUGCCGGCGCUGCUGGGGGCUCUGGGGGUCGCGGGGGUCGCCGCCCUGGCCCUGGCGGGGCACAGGAUCUACCACAGGAAGACGAAGAUCAGGAAGUACCGGCUGCAGGAGCAGGAGCGGCAGCGACAGCGGCAGAUGGAGAUGGCACGGGCCGGGGGGGGGACAGCGGGCUGCUCCUCGGGGGAGGGGACCGCCCUCAACGGCUCCGCUCCCAACGCUCCGUAGGCGGGGAGAGGCGGUGGAGGGGCUGGAAAACCCCCCAUCCCCCGGAAAGCCCCCCUGCCCAUCCCCACAGGACGGGAGCCACCGACUCGUCCCCAUCGGGGAUGGUGACUUUGGGGACAAACGGUGACGUUGGGGACAGCCGGUGACGUUGGGGACAGCCGGUGACGUUGGGGGGCUCCACGACCAGAGUGUGUCCCCCCACCUCCCAGGGGUGGGGACAGAGAGAGAGAGAGGGAGGUGGCAGCUCCCAGACGGCCCGGGAAGUGAAUCCCGGGGGAAUUGGAAUGGUGAGAUCCAACCAACACCCCCCCCCACCCUCCACGCUCCAUCCCCAUCCGUGGAUCUCCAGAUCUCCCAAACUUUCCCCCUUGGGACACCCCCACACACCUCCGGAGGAGGUUUUUAGGGUGGCCAUGGUGAUAUUUGGUGGAGGGGGGGUGGUCCUGGAGCUUCCAGGUGGGACACAUGGGCUGAAUUCCCGGGAUUUUGGUGCUGGCAGGAGGGCAGAGGAGCCCAAGAGAGAGAGAGAGAGAGAGAGGAGGGGUAGAUGGAGCCACCAGAAAGGGUGGGGUGGAAG